AUGGAUAGUGGCUGCACGCAACAUACGACCAAUCAUCGUGAGUGGCUUACCGGAUUGAGGGAGUCUAGUGUACCCUACGUUCUGUUGGGCGAUGAAGGAAAACUGAGUGUGAAGGGGGAAGGAGAGUUGCUGCUCCAGGGAGAGUACGGGGAGCUGAAACUGGAGAAUGUGCUUUUAGUGGAGAAGCUGUCACUGAAUCUGAUCAGCCAAACUCAACUUGACAGCACGGGGUGCAAAACCUUCAGCGACAAGGGGAAGCUGUGGGUUUUCACUGAGGAUUGGAAGGUGGUUGCAGAAGGGAACAGAAAUCAGGGGUUGUAUGAAAUGAAGCUGAGGAAGAAGGGGCUGGAGGAUGAGAAUGCCACCUACCUGCCAUCACUCGAAGGGGACCUAGCUAGGGAGGAGUUGAAGGCUCGGCUUGGUGGCUUACCAGUGAAGGAGCUGCAGCAAGAAGCUUCAGCCAUGGUGGUUGGGAUGGAGAAGGUGGAAUUGGAGACCUUGCACAGGCGCAUGGGGCAUGCAAGCAUGGAUAGGGUCAAGGAGUUGGUAAAAAGGGGCAUGGUAAAAGGAAAGGUCAUGAUCACCCGGGAUGUUGUCUUCUACGAGGAGGUGAACUACCUGCAGUGGAAGGGAAUAGAGAAAGAGAUUGCAGCAGCAGGGACAGCAACUGCACCGGACAAGGUGGAGGAUCUUUUGGAGGAAAAGGAGAGUGAGGGAGUUGGAGAUGAAGGAGAUGAGGAGCUUGAAGAUGUGGAACGGGCAGAUUCAGUCGAUUGGGUGUGGGAGAAGGUACCAACCAGUGAAGCGGAUGAAACCAAUGGAGUGGAGAUAGCAGGGGAGCAGCCAAGCAAUGAAGUAGCUGAGGGUGGCAAUGAUGAAGUGGCUGGAUAA